AUGCCAGCUCAAGGAGGCGAAGCAAACGGCGGCUGCGGAACCUAUCGGUCUGCUCAGUUGCCUGACAAGCGGAACGAUUUCACAGACACUGGGCCCCUCUCUGCGCAAGGUUACUUGCGUUCAGCGCAAACUAUUUUUGCAACGACAUCGGACGACUUCGAUCUUCCGCUUGCCAAGGGAUACAGGAAGAGCAUAUCGCGGAGAACACCAACGCAAUCCUCGAGCUCAAGCUUUAUGGACGUCUCAGACAAUAACUUUGGCGAGGCGUGUAACUCGCACUCUAUUGCGUUUUGGGACUUGCAGAGAAGUGUGGCAGAGAGCGGGGAAGGUCUUAUACAUCGUAUGCGCGAGCACGAGCAUGUAUGGUCGAAUCGGGGGGUUGGUGAACGGGGAAGGCCUACCCUGCGUUCACACUCGCUUUCACCGACGAUGUCCAGCACAAGCCAUCCAUGGCCCCACUCUUCAACCACCUCCGACGAGUCUGACGACGAUGACAUCCAAAUAAUAUAUGGAAAUGGAGCACAGAGCGAAUCGACGCGCCGCGAUGUCCAGAUGGACAACUGGCCAAGCACAACGACCGGGUCUAUCUCGUCCCAUCUCGUCUCCACCACUACAGCAGGCGCACCAAGCCCUUCCGUUGCUCCAGCCCUCGCCCCGAGUGGAGCAUCCAUCAUGAAUGCAAAGGACUCGGAUCACACGCUGGCGGCGAUUACACUCGCAUUCGCCAACGGCGCUGGAAGUAUAAACGACUAUGCUUCAAUAGUUCACAGCGACCCUCACCAUAACGGGUUCUCGCAUGAUGCUGGAGACCUUUGGCGAUGA